UCAUCGAAGCUUAUCCUCACUGUUUUGAGGUAAUUAGCUAAAAUUAUAGUAAAAAAUUGCGCAAUCAGCAACAUCUAUCUUGAGCAUUUACGUCAAAACCAACAGUAAUCAAAACUAACCGACAUUAACCAAAAUAAUUUGAGAAUAUACAUUGUAAAUCCUAAAAAUUUCGGAGCCAAGUUCACCGGCAGGCCAGACGCUUCUCCCAAAGAUGGACCGCAACCAUUAUUAAACAAUGCAGUGGCCCUAUUAUUAGAGAUGGCAAUUAUCUUCCGCGCAUUAACCUGCACUGUGCAAUUUGCUUUCUAAAUAGCGACAUCCACACACUUAACUCGAUUUUAAAUCUCGCCUAUGCCCUUGUUGAACGGACCUUGUAAAAAAAAAUUUCAUAGUUCGAUAAGUUUCUGUUUUGCUUAGUUAGCAUAGGCAGGGCCUCUCUAUGUCUCUAUUAUCUCAUGGCCUAGCCAGUCGAUGAACUUGGCUCCCAAAGUGAAAUCAUUAAUCAAGUAAUCACCGACAUAUGUCUUUAGCAGGCACAUUAAAACCAAAAGUAACCAAAACUACCCAAAAACGAAUGGAGAAUUCAUAAAAAUUCGAUUGCCAAGUUCGCUUCUCUCAAAGAUCGCUGGAAACUAUAUUAAAAAAGAAAACAUUUGCGAUUUAUUAACGGAACUGUACAAUCAGUGUCACUGUGAACAGAAAAAUAACUACAAAACAAACGCACUAAAAUUACGAAAAUAUACCUAUCCAUGACAGACCAAUGUAAAAUUAUAAAAAAAACAAUACAAUUCGAUGCAACUCCACUUCUCAAACCUAAAAUAGCGUUUUAAUGUUAAUUUAAAAUAAAAACGGAACGACAACGCGGAUCUUGAAUUAGUGCGUUUCACGUACACGCGAAAAUUCAACGAACUAAAAUUUAAAAAAAGAGAAAAAUCCCACUUCGAAAAUAGAAUUUCCCGCCCAAAUUGCCGUCAAUUCACCAACACAAUAAUUUAAAAAACACCACAAUGGCAGUGGAUUGCGGCUCGGUGGGCACGACAGCAAAGGUGGCAGAAUUAUGUAUCAAUCGCGCCCGAAACGCAAUAAAUUUGCGGCGACCUGUUUGCCGGGGGAUUUAGAUAAAUUUUGGGCGCAUUUUUGGCGGUCGACGUAGUCAUAUGUUAACGAAACCAUCUCCGACAACAUCCGUCUACGUUCCCGACGCCGCAGCUCAGACGUUACUUUUGGGGGAAUUUUCUUUUGUUGGGUUUGGUGACGAGGGUGGUGGGCACGCGCAGAUCUAAACCCGAUUCGUUUUCGACGAUCCCCACUCAGUCUUUUCGGGUGCACCAUGUUCCUCGUUACACAGUGCCGAAUAGAGGACUGGACAAAACGCAAUGUCCGUUCGCCAUUACUGUCGAGAGGAGCUGCGAAAAGUUCUCUCCAAAUACAUUCGGUUUUCACGGUACAAACCGACUUUAAAUGCAGAAUAACGUAACAGAACUGACGCAGAGAUUACUGGGAGCACUGGAUAGCAAUUAUAAUGUCAUCGACAUGCCUGAAGUUUUCGAUAUCAUCUCGCUUUUGGACAAAGUGGCCAUUACCAAAGAAUUACUACAGGCCACCAGAUUGGGCAAGCACGUGAACGAACUGAGACGUAAGACGACCAAUGAGCUACUCUCGAAACGGGCCAAAGACCUGCUGAAAAAAUGGAGGAGCCUGGUGCUGCCCGAGGCCAACGGGCAGAUCAAGAGCAGUCCUCCCCUGCAACAGCCGUUGACCAAAGUGAGCCCGCCUCUGCAACAGCAGAUCUCGCAGCGCCUCGCCAACCCCUGCCUCGGUCCCAAGCUGAGCCCCAACUUACAGCAGCAACAGAUACAGAACCAAAUAAAAAUGGGUCUCAGCCCGCCUUUAGUCGAUAAGGAGGCCGACGUUAAUUUAAAUCAGUUGAAGGGCAAGAAGCGGCCCAUCAAGGAGGUUCUGGAUACUGUUAAUGCCAAAAGAGGCCGAUACAAUGGGGUAACCGAUCUGGAACUGUCGGACAACUCAAACUCUAGCUUUAAGGAUGUGAUACCGUCGUCGGGCGUCGCGACGCCCGUCAAAUCGGAACCGAAACGCGACGUCAUAGUCAUCAACUCGGACUCGAACUCGAGUGCCCCGGAACGGGGCUCGGAGCCGCCCGUCGACCAGCAAAUGCCGAAAAAACGGGGCCGCAAAAAAGGCUCAAAAAACCACAAGAACCUGAUCGACGAGGCGGAGAGCUCGUUUACCAACAAGCUGGCAGUGUCGGCAUCGCGGGGUAACUCCAAGGUGAAAACGACGCAGGAGCUGCUGGCCAGCAUCCAGAACAAAAACUCAACCCUGAAUGCGGCCAGUCUCAAGCCCAAGGAGGACCUGGUGGAGAAAGCUGCGAAGCUGACGGAACGGGUGUCCAUCAUCGAUCAGAAACUGAACACGAACGCCAGCAGGAGUAAGAAUUCUCAGAAAGGUAAAUUUAGCCUGACCGGUCGCAACGAACGGGUCAUAGAGAGCGGCUCGGUCAUCAACGACAAGUCCCUGUUGGCGCAGGCCAAUCGGGAUUCUGGCGACGAGGAGAUCGUGGUCGUGGACGAUGUCGAGCCCGAAGAGUACUCGGACGUCAAAAGCGAGAGCCAAGAGACUGAAGAAACGCCCGAACGGGAGGAUUCGAGAGUGCCCAGGUCGUUGAGCGUCGAAGAGGCGUUGUCGCGGUUGCCGCCCGUGGACAAGUCGGUUCUGCUGGACGAGGACGAAGCGGACGGGCCGCCCUGCACGUGUCAGCUCAAAGAGAACAAGCCCGACUUCUGCGUCGACGAGGACGAGGCCGCAGAGCAGCGUCCUCCGUUCGAGGUGGUGGAGGACCCGUCGUGUCCCGCCAAAACUUACCUCCUCGACAAAUAUCGGCUCGGGGACGUGUCGGAGUCGAAAGUGCACCGCCUCCACACCGCCCACAUACCGAACGUGAACGGGAACGAGGGCGGGGGCGGUCCGAAGCCGGAACCCGCCAUCGUGGACGGUCUGUACGCGAACGUAGUGCCUAAUAUUUACGAGCGGCUCGACAAGGAGAACUUCCGGAAGUACAGCGUGUCGGAAAGUGACAGUGGGAGCGGCGUGGGGCGGACAGGGGCGGGUCGGUUUCGCGAGUGGUUCGAGUGCGUCGAGUUGCCCUCGUACGACGGCGACGCGUUGAGAAUUUUGCCAUACUGUAUAGUAGAUUAGAGACGGUGGCGGAUGCGCGGACGGUUUUCGAAAAUUAGCGAAAUAAAAAAAUGCAUGUUUUUUUUUCUACUGGGAGACGCUUUGUACCCCCCCCCCCCCCCCCAUAUAACAAGAAACGUUCGUUUUGCGUGAUUUCGAAAACGGACGAUUCGAGUGUCCCGCGGUUUUAGUUCAAACGCGCACCGCCCUUCCGAGCGUCGGAGUAGUGUAUCCCGUCCGAUGGCACGGGCCGCUAAGUUCGGAAAUACUAGUCUUUAUUUCUAAUUGGUGAUAACCCGAUCGUGCUGGUUCUACUCUGGUAAUAAAUUCACGAAGUAAUCGAUGGAUAUCUUGGCGGUAAGGCCUUUACACCGGGAAAAUUUUGACGUCUCAAAAAUGUCAUGUAACAAUUCAACCGACCCAAAAUAUUUAGAAGUUAUGUUUGACCGUUUUUGUUGUUUUGAAACUAGUGGUGGCGUAAGUGUUUACUUUCAAGUAGUCGUUGCAGAUACUGAAUACAAGUACUGUUUCCAAACCAAAUAGUUGUAGUAACGAUACUUCUUGUCGUGCAAUUAGCAUUAACAAUUAACAAUAUUCGUUUUCAAUAUAACACAAAAAAGUUUAAACAUUUUAUCCAGUAAAAUAACAAUCAGUAUUUUUGAUCUGAAAACUGAAAACUCAACACACACGUCUGAAACGUCCAAGCCACAAGAAAAUAAAAAUUUCACAAACGUCGCAUCCAAUUUCUUUCCAAGAUCGAAAAAUGGGUGACUGGAAAAUCAACUUAAAGGAAGGUUUAAACAGUUUUUUACACAAUACCGAAUCAAGUUGUAGACAUUUGCCCUUAAAUGCUAAUACUAAUAAAUAGUGCAUUUUGAAAGCUACACUUCAGGCUUCAAUAAGUUCGAAUUUCACCCGUGGCUGCGUUACCACUUUCUGUACUUAUCUGUCUGAGCUUUCACCCCACUUAGAAAACUUUCUUUCGACAUUAUCAAAAACUGUUUUAACUCUUCUUUAACUAGUUCUACCCACCACCCUUAUUUUUAUUUUGCAAGCAUCAGAUCCAAUUUCUUGGCAACAUGGAAAAAUGAUGGUGGUUCAGACCUUGGCUUGAAAGUCAACUUAAGGUGGGAAGGGGUUAAACAGUAUUUGACACAAUACCAAACAAGUUGUGUAGUUUCAAAGCUACACUGAAGCUUCAAUAAGUUUAAGUUUCACCUGUGGCUGAGUUACCAUCUUCUGCACUUAUCUGUAGCUUUCACCCAACUAGGAAAAUUUAACCAGUUCUAAACCCCACCACCCCCAUCCCUUGUUUUUUGCAAAAAUCCGAUCCGAUUUCUUGGCAACAUUGAAGAAUGAUGGUGGUUCAGACCUUGGCUGCAAAAUGAACUUAAAGGGGGGUUAAACACACAAUACCAAACAAGUUUUGUCUCGUAAUACUAAUAAGUAGUGCACUCCCUAUUUGCAAGCUACACUUCAGGCUUCAAUAAGUUCAAGUUCCACCCGUGGCUGAGUUGUCAUCUUCUGUACUUAUCUGUCUGAGCUUUCAACCAAGUUGGAAAAUUUUCUUUCAACACUUUCAAAAACUGUUUUAACUCUUCCUUAACCAGUUCACCCCCCCCCCAUCCCUGGUUUUUAUUUUUUAUUUUGCAAGAAUCAUAUACAACACUCCAAUAUUACACAGUAUUUGACAAAAUUCCAAACAAUUUGUAGACAUUCGCCUUUAAAUAUGUCUCGCAAUACUAAUAAGCAGUGCACUCCCCUAUUUUGAAGCUACAUUUUAGGCUUCAAUAAGUUCAAGUUUCACCAGUGGCUGAGUUACCAUCUUCUGCAUUUAUCUGUCUGAGCUUUCACCCCCCUCAGAAAACUUUCUUUCGACAAUAUCAAAAACCGUUGUAACUCUUCUUUCACCAGUCCUAUCGCCUCCCCCCCCCCCGUUUUUAUUGGCGACAAGGGCGGUGUUAUCGAAAAAUUGCUUGCCUAGAGAUAAUUUGAAGUUGACAAUGUUGGUUAUAUUCACGUUCGAUGUCGGCAGCCAUGUUUUAAUGGCGCGUUCUCGCAGUAAUAGCUCUCAUGACUAAAUGUGAGUCCCAAAGAAACAAAAACCGGGAAACAUAACUUCCAAACGACAUUUCGAGACGUUUCCGUUACUUCAUUGUCAGGCUAAAACUAGUACAAGAAGCAAAGUGUCGCCCCCUACCCGCCGCCUAUGGAAAAAUGUAUUUUUUUGUCGCCCGCCGAUUGGACGCGCGCUUUUCUGUUUUCUAGUCGUUGUUGCUUACGUUUCUUCGUUCGUUACGUUAACAAAACAAAAAAGAUUGAAAAGUGCUUCGCGCGCGAUUUUCCGUGCAAUGGGAAAAUUCUCCCCACCACCACCAACCACCGCCAUUACCGCUCACGAGGCUGCCUUCCGACGAAAAAACGGCGUCUAGCGAAAAAAAAAGAUCGAUAUUCUAAGGAAAAUAAUUUGUAAUAAAUAGAAAUUUAUUAUAGUUUAGGUAUGUUAUGUAGCAGGGUAACACUUUCGUUUAGUGUACAGGAUGGCCCGUUUGUUAUUUAGAGACGCCACUUUAUCGGGGAAAGUAAAGGGAAAACGAGAAAUAGGAAAUCCGUCGUUUUUCAGUAAAUGGGACACCCUAUAAAUUUGGCAAUGUCGAAUUCUAUAUUUAACCAUUUUGCCAAACAAAAUCAAGAGCAGCUAAAAAACGACUUUUUCAAUUGAAAACGUUAAAAUUUCGUAAUAUACCUUUUCUACAGGCAAUGGUCUUUUCUUGUAGAACAUUCGAUUAGUUUUGCAAAAAAAACGUUUUACAUCGGCGGCAUUUAGAAGUCUACAGUUUUGUAAAAUUUCGAGCCAUUUGAAAAAUGUGAUGUUUGUUGGUAGUUUUCUCAAUUUUAUUUUCAAUUUUUUUUUUUAAUGCUCAGCAAAAUAUUACGAAACGUUUUGUUAAAGUCAAUAAAGAUUUUCUUAUAGAAAAAAAAUAGUGCUUAAUGUUUGGAUAAAACCUGAAUCAAAAAAAUUAAAAUUUCGUAAUUUUACCUUUUCUAAGGCAAUAAAGACAAAAUCAAAAGAACUGCUAAAAAACGACUUUUCAAUUUAAAAAGUUUCCAAUCUGUGUCGGCAUUUCGAAUCAAAAUCAAUAAAACAGUUAUAUACAUAUAUACGAGGUGUUCCAAACUCUUGACUGGAACCUUCGGCACUGCACUAACACAAUAAGGCGUUUUACCACAAACCGAAAUUCAAUUUUACGUACUCGACGGGCGUUUCGCCAACCAAGUUGGCAUCUUCAGGAGAAGAUUAAAACUGUUUAAAAACUGUUAAAACUAGUUUUAAUCUUCUCCUGAAGAUGCCAACUUGGUUGGCGAAACGCGCGUCGAGUAUGUAAAAUUGAGUUUCGGUUUGUGGUAAAACGCGUUAUUGUGUUACGAGGUGUCCCAUUUAAACCAAACGGAAAACGAAUGGCAGACGUUUUGAUGGUGCCGUAAUAAACCGGCCGCCCUGUAUAUCUCUGUAUCGCAGCGCUUUUAUUGUAAAAAGGAAAAAAAUCUUAAUAUUUUCGUUUUAAGAUAUUAUGUUGUUCCGAGGAAGUGAUUACGACGCCUGUCGUCGACGGCGUCGCUUGUUGAUACCCGGUACAUUGUUACUUUUAUUUAUAAUUUCCUUGUUGAGAGAUCGGAUCGCGGAAAAAGUUCUCAAACAAAAAAAAGUUGAUAUUUUUUAAAUAAUUUCCGGAGGCCGACGAUUCGCGUGGCCGAAGGUCCAAAACUAAAAAAAAAAAACAAACGACAAAAAUUCCAAGUGACCUUUUUCUUUGUUUUUUAUUCUUUGUAAAUAUGGAGUUUCUCUCGUAUAGUUGAAUUGUACAAAAUAUGAUUUAUCUCUACUAAGUAAAUGUCGAAGCAUUGCUUAACUAGUGAUGUGUUUGAUAUGCCUUGAGAAUAAAGAUAUUUUCUAUAACUCUAA